AUGUUGAGCCUAAACGGCAAGGUCACCUUCGACCAUGUCAACCCCAACUCCGAAACGAGCACUGAUGCUCGACAAGAGCUUGCCCAUCUCGACUACUCCCCCCUAAAGCGAGUCUCAGGUCGCACUCUGUGCAUGGCCCUCCUCGUUUCUAUGGGCGGUCUGAUCUUUGGAUACGACACUGGUCAGAUCUCGGGCUUCCAAGAAAUGCCCGACUUCCUACAGCGAUUUGGCGAGCCCCAGGGGGACGGCACGUACGCAUUCAGCACUGUCCGCUCCGGCCUGAUCGUAGGCCUGCUAUCGAUCGGUACCCUGGUCGGCGCCCUCGUCGCCGCCCCCUUCGCGGACAAGUUCGGCCGCAGGCCGUCAAUCUGUUUCUGGAGCAUAAUUGUCGCCGUCGGCUUCGUGAUCCAGGUCGCGGCCAGCACCUCGUGGGAGCAGUUCAUGAUCGGCCGGCUGGUCGCGGGCUUCGGCGUCGGCGCGCUGAGCCUGCUCGUGCCCAUGUUCCAGGCCGAGACGGCGCCGCCCUGGAUCCGGGGAGCCCUCGUGUGCACGUACCAGCUGUUCAUCACGCUGGGCAUCUUCCUCGCCGCGUGUUUCAACUACGGCACGUACACGCACCAGCGGGACAACUCCGGCUCGUGGCGCAUCGUCGUGGGCCUGGGCUGGAUCUGGACCGUCAUCCUCGGCGUGGGCAUCUGGGGCUUCAAGGAGACGCCGCGGUACGUCUACCGCCUGGGCCGCACUGCCGAGGCCAAGGAGACCUUGACGCGUGUUUAUGGCGCCCCUGACAACCAUUAUGCCAUCUUUGUGCAGAUGGAGGAGCUGGAGCACAAGUUCCGCGCUGAGAUGUCGCAGAAGGGCACGGGUCCUAUUGCUGGCAUGGUCGACAUGUUUAAAGCUCCCAGGAUAGCUUACCGGAUUGCGCUUGGAAUCAUGUUGCAAAUGUUCCAGCAGCUUACUGGCGCUAACUAUUUCUUCUACUACGGAACGACUAUUUUCAACUCGGUCCAGAUCUCGUCCUUCGUCACGCAGCUCAUCCUCAACGGAAUCAACUUCGGAGUGACGUUCAUCGGUCUGUACCUCGUUGAGCACUACGGCCGACGCAAGUGUCUCAUGGCCGGAUCCGCUUGGAUGUUUGUUUUCUUCCUGGUGUUUGCCUCGGUAGGCCACUUCGUCCUCGACGUCAAUGAGCCGGCCAACACCCCCGAGGCCGGCAUUGCCCUCAUCGUCAUGGCGUGCCUGUUCAUCCUGGGCUACGCGACAACCUGGGGACCCAUGGUUUGGACGCUCAUCGCAGAGAUCUACCCAUCCAAGUACCGCGCAAAGGGAAUGGCCCUGGCGACGGCGAGCAACUGGACCUGGAACUUCCUCCUCGCCUUCUUCACCCCGUUCAUCACCAAGGACAUCGACUUUGCGCUGGGCUAUGUCUUUGCCGGCUGCAACCUCAUCGGUGGCAUCCUGGUGUAUUUCUUCGUCAUCGAAGGCCAGGGCAGAACAUUGGAAGAGAUAGAUACCAUGUAUCUGGAGCACGUCGACCCGCGCAAGUCGGCCAAGUGGGUCCCGCCCUCGGCAGAGGAGAUGGCCAGAAUCAGGAGGGAGGCCGGCAUGGAGGAGCUGCCCAUCGACAGCGAGAAGGAGAAGGGAAGCAGCGACGGCGGCGUUUUGCCGACCGAUCCAAAGAUUAGGGACGAGCACGCCGAGAACGCGUAG